AUGGAGAAUUCGCGAGAGAGUGAAUCCGCUGUGGCACCACUCACAGCUGCCAAGGAAGACCAUCAACCCAAGAAACUGCCAAAGGGCAUCGUUUUGGGCAAGGAUGGUAAGCCCUGUCGAAACUGCACAUCCUUUGCCGCAUGGGCGGCCAUGACCAAGGAAAACGUCCGCCAAAACGAACUAGCGAGUAGCAACAAGACCUCAGUCGGAGAUGCAACGCGGCCGAGCAAACCGCGAUCGGACUGCCCUCCAGACGUCGAAGCUCUGGGGCGCGGAACAUGGACGCUCCUUCAUUCGAUCGCGGCCUCGUAUCCCGAUUCGCCAUCCACGUCACAGCAGUCGGAUCUGUUGCGCUUCGUCAAGCUCUUCUCCAAGUUGUAUCCAUGCUGGGUUUGCGCCGAGGAUUUUAGAACAUACAUCGGACGGGAGGUGCCGAGAGUUGGGAGCCGCGAUGACUUUGGCAAAUGGCUGUGCGGUGCUCACAACGACGUCAACCGAAAGCUGGGUAAACCCGAAUUUGACUGUUCGCGAUGGCAGGAGCGUUGGCGUACGGGGUGGAAAGAUGGGCGAUGCGACUGA